AUGAAGAAGAAGCGAGCCGAGAGCGUCCCGAACUACACCGACAUAAUCGCGGGACUGAAGGAUAUAUACAAGAGCAAGAUCAAGCCUGUCGAGCAACUGCUUUCCUUUGACCAGUUCUCAACGCCGUCGCUCACGGAUGCAGACCUCACAGCCAAACCGAUUGUGCUGCUGAUGGGACAGUAUUCUGUCGGAAAGAGCACCUUCAUCAAGUAUAUUCUUGAGAAGGAGUAUCCAGGCUGCCACAUUGGCCCCGAGCCCACGACGGACCGCUUCAUUGCCAUCCUUGGCGGCGAAGACCGCAUCAUCCCCGGAAAUGCAGCAGCUGUCGACCGGGAUCUGCCCUUCACGUCUCUGUCACGGUUUGGCGCCAGUUUCCUUCAAAAGUUCCAGGUCUCAUAUACAAGCUCGCCCAUUCUCGAGUCGGUCACCCUGAUCGACACGCCGGGAGUGCUUUCGGGAGAGAAGCAGCGCAUCGGCCGCUCCUACGACUUCUCUGGGGUGAUGGAGUAUUUCGCGGCGAGGGCGGACGCCAUUCUGCUCCUGUUUGAUGCCCACAAGCUCGACAUCAGCGACGAGUUCAAGGACUGCAUUAUGGGUUUGAAGGGCAACGAGGAAAAGGUCAAAGUCAUCCUCAACAAAGCAGACAUGGUCAACGGACAACAGCUUCUGAGAGUCUACGGUGCUCUGAUGUGGUCCCUGGGUAAGGUCCUGAACACUCCCGAGGUGAUGAGGGUCUACAUUGGAAGUUUCUGGGACCAACCGCUUCGGUAUCGAGACUGUGAGGCGCUGCUCUCUGCCGAGCAGGAGGAUCUCCUCGCCGAUCUCCGGUCUCUCUCGACCAACUCGACGAUGAGAAAGAUCAACGACAUUGUCAAGCGGGCGUCGAUGGUCAAGAUUCAUGCCCUGAUCAUAUCCCACCUCAAGCAAGAGAUGCCGGGGUUUUUCGGCAAGUCGUCCAAACAGAGCGAGCUGCUCGCCAACCUCGCUGCCGAGUUCACCAAACUGGAGCACUUGCAUCGCUUGCCUCGGGGAGACUUUCCGAAUGUCGAAGAGUUCAAGUCCAAGCUCAGUCUGUUCAAGAUCGACAAGUUUCCAAAGUUGGACAAGAAGCUGAUGGCUACUCUCGACACGGCUAUUUCGGUAGACCUUCCCGAGCUCAUCAAACGCUUCCCUCAGAACACACCCACGGUCCCACAAAUCUUCCAGAAUCCUUUCGAGAACUUUGCCAGCGUCGAAGGGACACAUGAAACCCUAGCGACUCCGUCUCCUGAGCAACUGUGGAAUUGGGAGUCGAUCGACCGCAAAGCGUUGUUGAAUCGAUUCGCUGCCCUUAGUCCCGUGGAUGGCAAGCUCUCCGGGGCUGUGGUGCGUCCGGUACUCCAGGCGUCUCAGCUCGACAAUGGCACACUCGCCAAGAUUUGGAAGCUCGCCGACUGGACUCAAGAUGGAUAUUUGGAUUCAGACGAGUUCAUCGUUGCAAUGUGGCUCGCCGAAAUCAAGACCAAGGGCUGGGCAGAGAUCCCCGAUGCCCUUCCACCGACCCUGGUCCCGCAUCGGCGCUUCUAG